CCUCUUUUUCCCCUGAACUGGAACUGAAAAUGGGAACUGGUGAGAGAGAGAGAGAGAGAGAGAGAGAGGGAGAGAGAGAGGGAGUGUGUGGGUGUGGGUGGGUGCUAAAAUGAAACAACAGCCGAGAUUGGAGAAACAAGAGGAGGACCCUUGACUUAGGCUAGCUUUUCUGCCCCUCUCUGUGUCUUACUUUAGUAGGCAAUUCUCCUGAAUCCCACUUAAGGUGAACAGCCACAAUUCAUGCCACAUCCAGUACGUCUAGUAGACUAUCUCCUCUAUCUUGUAGACAGUAUAACAUCUCCUAUCGAUCGGACCCCACUUUAUCUUUUUUUGGGAGUUGCUUAUUUACCUAGACUAUAAGUAGUUUUGUUGGCCUUUUCUUUUCCCCUUCUUUUUCUUCUUUUCCCUUCCUCAUACUUUGCAUUCUUAUACACAUACACUCUCUAUAUACUAUCCCAUCCUACCUUUCCUCCUUUAACCCCCCAUCAUCUCCUUCCACACACCAACCACCCAAAAUGGACUUCCUCAAGAACAUGGCCGAAGAAGUCAUCGAAAAGAAAUUCGGUGGCGGCGGCUCCUCUUCCUCCCAACAACAGCAACAAUCCUACCAAAGUGAAUCUUACGGCCGUCAGGAAUCCUACGGUGGUGGCGGUGGUUACGGCGGCGAGUCCUACGGCCGUCAAGAAUCUUACGGUCGUCAGGAAUCCUACGGCGGUGGCUACGGCGGUAACGAGGGCUACGGCCGUCAAGAAGGAUACGGCCGUCAAGAGGGAUAUGGCGGCGGCUAUGGCGGCGGAUACGGUGGUGGUAGUGAGGGCUAUGGACGCCAGGAGGGAGGAUACGGUGGUGGCUACGGUGGCGGCUACGAGUCCCGUCAGCAGGGUUACUAUGGUGAACAACAGCAGCAGCAGGAGCGCCCUGACCACAGUAGACGGAAUAUGGCGCUGGGUGUUGGUGCGGGAGUGUUGGUUGGUGGAGCGGCAGUUGUUGGGGGAGAGAUGAUCCAUGAUAAAUGGGAGGAAGACAAGGAGGAGAUCAAGGAAGAUGUGGAGGACUUCCCCGAGAAUGCGGCUAGAUGGACGGGUGAGAAGGUCGGUGAAGUCGAAGAUAUCCCCGAUCGCAUCGAGCGGAAAUGGGACAACGCCGUCGAUGAUGUCGAGGAAGUUCCUGAGGAUAUGGCCGAAUGGGCUGGCGAGAAGGUCGGAUCUGUGGAGCGGUUCGGUGAUAAUAUGGAGGAUGCGUAUGAUGAGGGCAAGUAUGAGGGUCGUGAGGAGGAUGGUUGGUAGAUUGGAUGAUUAUAUCCAUGGCAUUGUGGUUUGAGAUUUCUAGGGUGAUAAGCAUUUCGUGAAAGUUGAAUAUACAGAACAUUGCCCGAUAUUGCGUUUCAUAGAAUAAGGGUUAUCGGAGGUAACCGGAUACAUUCUCCUAGGUACUGCAGGGCUGCUAUUCAUUGGUAAUUCGUGUUAGGAGGCAAGCUUCAACUGUUAUUCUGAGCAGCUAGCAUAUGCAAUACAGCGCAGCGAAGCAGCACAACCAGCAUAUUCUUCGAGUCCACACCGUUGUGGUGAACAUUUGUUCUGCGAAUCUUUUUAAUCCUAUCUACUGUUUAAUUAGCACAGACCGACUCUUUGGCAUUCGGUAGUUCCUCGUGUUUUAUUCUCCU